AUGGUUCGUGCCCAGCAGCCAAUUGACGGUCCAGUCGACUCUUACGCCAUCGACAAGCGACAGCAAACCGGCCUUCUCACGCGUUUUGUUCCCGACAAGCUCAAGAACACCUCUUUCUACCGCUGGUUGUUGCGUCUCACCCGCGUUCUUCAGCUUGUCUCGUCCGCCGUCUCUCUCGGCAUCUUCAGUCAGCGCCUAUACAAAGUCUACCGUCUCGUCAACAGUGUCAAGACACGACGCGGCGUGAACGGUGCCUAUGGCGCUGUGGAAGGCAUCCUUGCUGCUGCUGUGCUAUAUACCCUGAUCACUAUGCUGCUGUCCUGCAUCAAGAAAUCCGCCAACCCCGGAGGUAGAACAUUGAGGUGGAUCUGGGUACUUCUCGACCUGCUCUUUGUCGGUGCAUUCAUCGCCGUCACGGUCUUGACACGCCCAGAUGGCGGCCUCGCUGGCGCCAGGCACUGCUACAACCCUAGGCGUCUUGCGAACGGCACAAACCCUAGCACUAUUACUGGCGAGACAGCAAGCCGCGAUGACUCUUGCAACUUGCCUUGGGGUACUUUCAUCUUGGCAAUCAUCAGCACCCUCCUUCACGCUAUCACCGCCUCUUUCCACGAAAUUAAGGACUAUCGCCGAAGUCACAGGCUCGAACAGGAAAAGGCCGCUCAGCAGCACAACGAGAUGGGAGCUGACGGCGCUCGUUAUUGA